GUCAAAUUAGGCGAAGAAAAGAUGGCGGAGGCUUUGCCAGGGGACCCGGAAGCACUUACCCUUCACUUCCUCCUCCUGUUUGGCUUCUGUCUCACCUAGACCCGUCCGGUCGCAGACUGUCUCCUAGACGCUUCCUGUCCGAAUCAUGAUUCUUCAGAGGCUCUUCAGGUUCUCCUCUGUCAUUCGGUCAGCAGUCUCAGUCCAUUUGCGGAGGAACAUUGGUGUUACAGCAGUGGCAUUUAAUAAGGAACUUGAUCCUAUACAGAAACUCUUUGUGGACAAGAUUAGAGAAUACAAAUCUAAGCGACAGACAUCUGGAGGACCUGUUGAUGCUGGUCCAGAAUAUCAGCAAGAUGUAGAGAGGGAGCUUUUUAAGCUCAAGCAAAUGUUUGGUAAAGCAGACAUGAAUACAUUUCCCACCUUCAAAUUUGAAGGUACGUCUUGUAAAUCACAGAUUCAUUCUUGUGGGGGAUAAGUGAAGAAUAUUUACACUUACCUGGAUUUUUAGAGAAUUGAAUGACAGUGUUGACAUGUGAAUUUAUUAGGACCAUGACGUGUGCCUGAGAAGCUGCCGGCUAAAUGUUUGCUGUUAGAACAAGAGCAGUAUAGGAGAUCACAUAACAUAGUGAUUAAAUGGUGGGGAUCUGAAAUCGAACUGCCUGGUCUUGAAUCCUGACAAUCACUUUCAGCUGUGUAAUCUUGAGUAAUUAACUGGUGCAUGUUUCCUCAUCUGACAUUUGGAGAGAAUUAUAGUAUCUUCCACAUAUGUAGUUAAAUGACAUAAUAUAUGCAAAGUCAAUUAAUGGAAUGCGUGGCUCAUAGAAAGUGUUGCAUAAAUGUUUAGCUAUAUUUCUAUGUAAAUGAUUACAAACAGUAUUUACUAAAAAAAUCAGAAGAUUGAUGAGUUAAAUCUUGAGCAUUCUACAUAAUCCAUUUUAUUGCAAUUUGGCUAAGCUUGACCCUUUUUUCCCCCUCUUCUUAGAUCCCAAAUUUGAAGUCCUCGAAAAACCCCAGGCCUGAAGAAAUAAAGUAAAAUUAAUCUGGUAAUUUGUCACGGGUUAGUUGUACAACUAGUUAGAAGUUUCAGAAUAAACAAGCAUUUCAUAACUGUCAAAUGUUCUUUUAAUUCUGAGUCCAAAUAAAUUAUUUGGUGAUGUUGA